AUGUUUGGAGUGGUGACAAUUGGAAUUCAAAUGUUUGGAGUAAUGACAUUCGGAAUUAACAUGUUUGGAGUGACGACAUUCGGUAUUCAAAUGUUUGCAGUGACGACAUUCGGAAUUCAAAUGUUAGGAGUGACACCAUUCGGAAUUCAAAUGUUUGGAGUGACGACAUCCGGAAUUCAAAUGUUAGGAGUGACACCAUUCGGAAUUCAAAUGUUUGGAGUGACGACAUUCGGAAUUCAAAUGUUAGGAGUGACGACAUUCGGAAUUCAAAUGUUUGGAGUGACGACAUUCGGAAUUCAAAUGUUAGGAGUGACACCAUUCGGAAUUCAAAUGUUUGGAGUGACGACAUCCGGAAUUCAAAUGUUAGGAGUGACACCAUUCGGAAUUCAAAUGUUUGGAGUGACGACAUUCGGAAUUCAAAUGUUAGGAGUGACGACAUUCGAAAUUCCAAUGUUAGGAGUGACGACAUUCGGAAUUCAAAUGUAAGGAGUGACGACAUUCGAAAUUCAUAUGUUUGGAGUGACGACAAUUGGAAUUCAAAUGCUUGGAGUGAUGACAUUCAGAAUUAAACUGUUUAGAAUGACGACAUUCGGAAUUCAAAUGUUUGGAGUGAUGACAUUCGGAAUUUAAAUAUUUGUAGUGAUGACACGCGGUAUUCAAAUGUUGUUUAGUGACGACAUUCGCAAUUCAAACGUUUCUAGUGAUGACAUUCGCAAUUCAAGUGUUUGUAGUGAUGACAUUCAGUAUUCAAAUAUUUUUGUGGUGGUGACAUUCGUAAUUCAAAUGUUUAGACCGAUGACAAUCGAACUCAAAUGUUUGGAAGGAUGAGAUUCGGAAUUCAAAUCUUUGGAGUGACGACAUUCGGUAUUCAAAUGUUAGGGGUGACGACAUUCGAAAUUCAAAUGUUUGGAGUGACGACAUUUGGAAUUCAAAUGUUAGGAGUGACGACAUUCGGAAUUCAAAUGUUAGGAGUGACGACAUUCGGAAUUCAAAUGUUUGGAGUGACGAUAUUCGAAAUUCACAUGUUUGGAGUGACGACAAUUGGAAUUUAAAUGUUUAGAGUGAUGACAUUCGGAAUUUAAAUGUUUUGAGUGACGACAUUCGGUAUUAAAAUGUUUGCAGUGACGACAUUCGGUAUUCAAAUGUUUCGAGUGACGUCAUUCGGAAUUCAAAUCGUUGGAGUGACGACAUCCGGUAUUCAAAUAUUUGGAGUGAUGACAUUCGGAAUUCCAAUGUUUGGAGUGACGACAUUCGG